AUGGGCAAGAAGAGCAAGAGCAAGAGCAUGACGCCGGCUGUCGUGGAGCCCGAGCAGCCGGCGCUGGAGCCCGAGGUGGUGGAGGCCGUGAAGGAGCAGGUGAAGCACCAGAAUGUGUCGGCGCUGGCCGACGGCUUCGCCCAGAGCGCCGCGUUCUUCGGCAAGAAGGCGUCGUACGCUCCGGCGAAGGAGCCCACGAUUGAGGACGAGAAGGCGAGCCGCACCGUGUUCGUGGGCAACGUGUCGCUGGACGCCACGCAGAAGGACAUCAAGACCCACUUCUCCGUGUGCGGCAAGGUUGAGAGCGUGCGUCUCCGUCAUAUGCCCAUUGCCGGCUGUGCGGUAGGCGAAGCUGGCAACCAGAAGCUCAUGAUGAAGGUGUGCGCCAACAAGAAGAUCUUGACCACCGCCAAGGACAACUGCAACGCCUACGUGAUUUUCGCUGAGGAGAGCAGCGUGGAAGAUGCGCUCAAGCUCAACGGAACGAUUCUGGUGCAGAAGAAGAUCCGCGUGGACCGCUCUACUCCUGUUAUCGACGCCCACCGUAGCGUGUUCGUCGGAAACGUGCCGUUCAAGUGCACGGACGAGCAAAUGCAGCAGUUCUUCGCGAAGCACCUUCGAUCCGAGGAGGAGCCCGAGCCGAUCGAGAACGUGCGCCUCAUCCGCGACCGCGAGUCGGGCCUGGGCAAGGGAUUCGGCUACCUGCUGCUGAAGACCCCCGCUCUUGUUGCCAAGACGCUGGCGCUUCGUAACCUGAAGAUGGAGACUCGCGAGCUGCGCGUUCAGGUGUGCGGCAAGCGCUUCAAGAACAAACGUGGCGAGGAAACCGAGAAGGAGAAGUUCGAAGGCAUUCGUGCGUCUGCCGGUGCUCGGGCACGCAUCCAGCUGAAGCGUAAGGCAGGCCUUGACAACCUGGACCGUGGUCUCACUACCAAGAAGAUGAAGCGGGCGGCUGCCGCGGCGGGACUGGGCAAGAAGCUGAAGCCCAAGCACGCAGCACGAAAGGCAGCGAAGGCUGCGGCUGAGGCCGCUGCCGCUAAGGGCAACGGCUCCAAGAAGCGCAAACACGAUCACAGCGACAGCAAAAAGGCCAAGGCCGCCGCUCGCAAGGCCGAGAAGGCGGCUAAGGCGAAGGAGUAA